CCUCAAGUUCAUCUUUUAUGAGGUUACAGUAUGCUUAUCCUGGGGUACUCCCCUCAUAGAAACUCAUAGAACAUCGGGAGUGUAAGGAAUUACUAGAACAGCGAAAACAACAUAUUAUACUAUAAACUUCCGGGUUGUGAAAAAACAUAGGUAUAGUUCAUAUUGAUAAAAUCACUCUCAUUUCGAAGUAAACGAGUAGCCUGUCACAGUCACCUAUUCCAGCGGAUCAUCCUGAUUUAGAAGUGCAACAGAACCCUUUGUCGGGAAUUGCUAACAUGCCCGAGGACGCGUCCAUUCCUUUUAAGACGAGGCGAUCUUUUGAAACCAGGCUUAAAGACGUAAAGAAUGUAAGACAAGCGAAUCCAGACAAAAUACCAGUGAUAAUAGAGAAGUAUGCCUCAGAAAAAAGUUUGCCACAGUUGGACAAGACGAAAUACCUGGUGCCAGAAAAUGUAAAUAUGUCUGAACUAGUCAAAAUAGUCAGGAGGCGAUUACAAUUGAACUCGAAUCAGUCCAUCUUCCUGCUUGUGAAUAACCGCUCCAUGGUGGCCAAUUCUACAUUGCUUUCUGAGGUGUACGAGAAGGAGAAAGAUGAAGAUGGAUUCCUGUACAUUGUGUAUGCAUCACAGGAAACAUUUGGUACAUGAGGCAAUGUAUAUUGCCAUACAACAAUUUGUAAAUAGCUGAAGAAUAGCCAGGGACGGUUAUCAUUGCUUGCCAUAUCGUACAUUCCUCAAACAACCUGUUUUUAUAAACAUUGUCUUUAGAAACUUUUAUUUUGUACGGCCAAGGAGUGUUUUGUCAAAAUUAUGUGUUCAAAAAACUUUCUUUUUUGUACUGCUGACUGAGACUUAUUUACUGUACGAUAUAUGUAAAACUAAUUGUACCUAAAUACACAAUUAGGCAGGUUAUGGGUCUCUACUUAAUGAAAUAAGUUUGAGGCAGAUUUAAAGAUUGAUGAAACCAUAUAUCCGUAUGCUUGCAAAUGCAUACUAUGUAAGAAGUGUACAAAUUAAUAUGUGUCUAGAAGUGUUAGUAGUAGAUAGCCAACAAGGACAUGCUCACAGUUUCAAG